AGCUGAUUUAAUAUUAGUGCAACAUGUGCUUGGAUGAGUAAUCAACACAAGGAAUAAUUAGAAAAAGAAAGCUAAGGCAUAUUUUGUCGAUGCCCUGCCGGUUUUCUCUUAAGUGAGAAGGGUAAAGAUUAUCAUACUUGCAAUAAUCAGUCAGAUUUGUUCAUUUUGGAGAACCGAGGGCGAGACAAACUUAUGACGGAAGGAAGUAGGAAAUCAUCGUUUCGGCAAAGCUUGAGAGAUUUGAUGUCAAUAAGAAUAAAUCUGAUGACUAACUACGUGUCAUGAGCUUUUCCCAGCAUUGAAUGACUUGUUCAUCCGUUUAGAUAUUUUGAAGGGGAAAAAUCGUUCAUUGAUCACACUGCAACCAAGGAAGAUGUCACGUAAGACCAACAAGUGUCUUGGCCUUUUGUGCUUCUUUAUGGGUCUCACCUGUGUAGCCUCAAAUUAUGAGAUGUUCUUGAAUUCCCAUGCCCACUGUGGACCAGCUGACACUGAUGUUAACACUCUUCCCUACAAAGAUGUUGGAGAAAGCACAAUAAUUUCUAUAAAAGAUGAUGUUAGCCCCAACACCAACACCGAUGUUUUUCGGGAAUGCAGAAUAGUGUUUCGGUCUCAAAGGAAAGAUGGCCGUCUUUGCUUGAUGCAAAAACAUUUCAAGAUACAGCCUUGUGAAGUACGUUUGGAACUCUUUGAUGGUUGGGCAGGGGUUGAUGAUGUCGAAAAUCCCAAUGUGACAAUUGACUGUGAUCAUAGAUUGACAUCAGUUGAGUGGUGUACAACUGGACGAUAUUUCACUCUUGGUGUUGCAAAACAUGGUUUAAAACCGUCUAUGAAGACAGUCGAAGUUGAUUUUGAGGUAUACGACAUACGCAACAAAAAUAGACAAGUCUUCAUGGAUUCUAUGCCCAACUGUGGAAGCAAGUUCCAGCUUGAUUCCAGCCAGGUGACUGUCUCCAACAUCAACCCAAAUAACCACAAAACAUUGUUUCAUUGUACACUGACCUUUGACUAUGUGGGUCUUGAGGAGAACAGGACUGUGUGCCUUAUCUUUCAGUCUGGAGUCGACAGAAGUCAGUGCAGCAACUGGCCAUACAAACUGACUGUUCUCAGUCAACAGCUAGACCAGACUAAAGACAAGUUGGAAUAUUCAUGUGAAAAGACACUUCCAGAGAGAUGGUGCUCAAAUGGAACAAGCCUGAGGCUGGAGCUCUAUCGAAAUAAAAAUGGUGGUGUGCAGAAUGAAACAGAGAAACCAAAUAUCUUCUCUGUUUUUGUUAUGGAUCACAUAGGAGGUGCUGACACCCUGCCUUUGGUUCACAAAAGCAUGUCAAGCCCAGUGGAGUCCUCAUCUCAUUUAUUGCUGAUUAUUCUUGUAGCAGUCAUUUUGAGUUUGGCUUUGUUGGUUUCCGUUUUCAUCUGCAUCUACUUUCACAUUUGCCAGAAACCCAAGGGUGUUCAGCGUGUUUCGAAUCAAGAUGAUGGAUCAUCUAAGACUGCGAUGAUCACAAAUGGGACCUGCAGAAACGGGCAAAUGGUGUGAUCGUGAGGUAUACAUUCCGUCAUAUGUGUGAAAAUAGUGUACCUCAUGUUUUGUUGCCCUUCAGCCAUUUUUUUCCCCUUCAUGCCAUCUAACAAUUCAUUAUUAUUUCCAGAGGAAGGACAGCUUUAUGGUUUUGGAAUAAACACAUUGAGCAAAAAAGUGUUGAAAUAAGUGUUAAUUGAAGCAGAAAGCGAAGCCUUGGCUUGAAUAUUUCUGGUUUAGCAUCAAGAGACAGAAACAUAUACCUUGCAGUUGGUGACCACUGCAAUUUCUGAACAAGUGCAUCUCUUCUGGUUUGCAUAGUUCUGCUGUAAAGAUCAUUGUUGGACUGCCUUCAGCAUAAUGUGUAUCAACUUUCCUCAUCUUGUGUACUUGUGUGCAAUAAUGUAAUAUGUACAUAGAAAAAGCAUGACCUUUGUUUCAAGGAACCAAGUGUUGAACUCUGUGUAAUAUUCAUCAACCACAGAUUUAAGAACUCUUGUGUCAGGAAUUUAACAAGGUGCAGUAAAACAAUUAAAGCUUUGAAAGUUUGUGUGUCCUGCAAGGUUUGCGGGCACAUGGUGCAAGACACUGAAGUUUAGUAGCAGCUGUAUCCCGGUAGAUGAGCCACAAUUCUCCUGGUGUGUUUUGCUGUGAGAGGAAGAAGAGGGUUGAUUACAGAAAAAAACUAAAAAAUUCCAUAACUACUGAAAAUCUCAUGCUACUUUAGCAAAUGCAUUUACAUGUUGCCUGGUGAAUCAUCUUCAGAGUAUGCUUCCCAGUGGUGUAAACUUAUUUGAUGCUGGUAAAUCAUGCCAUAAAUUAUAAUUAACUUAUUAUCCUCCUUUUAUUUGCAUGUUAUUUUAAGUGAAUAAUGAUGGUUAUUGAGAUAAAACCAACUACCCAUUAUGGAUGUCACUUAAAGAGCUCUCCAUGAUAAUGUCCUCAGAACCAAAAUAUGCUUAUAAGAGGAAAUUAAGGAUUAAUAAUGCUAACAGAGCAUUACUUUAAAAAUAAUAAGUGCUCAAUUUGUGAAAGAGAUCUUGCUUAUCAGUAAAGUGGGCUGUAAUUUUAAGUUUCAUAAAUUAUUUUGAUCAUUUAAAAUGGGAUGUAUGAUCUAUAUUUAACGGUUUCUCGAGUGGUUUGUGUUUCAUUUCUCCAGUUUCAACAGGGAAGGAAAAAAAAACAUGGCUGCAUCCGAACUUCCUGUCAGAACAUGUACAUAUGUGUGGAUGUGUGUGUUGAUGACAUUCACGUUGUAGGCUGACAUAGCACAACCUGAAUUUCUAAAUUCUUGAGCACACAUUUAAUGCCUGCAUUGAUUGGAAAGGCUGCUGUUGCAGAUCAGAGCUUGUGAGAAAAUAGCUUUUUGAUGGGAAAGAAUGUAGUAUUGUGAGUCAGAACAAAUGUAAAUAUAAUUUUCUUGUUAUUAUGGUUCAUCAUUAUUGUCUUUUCUGUUUCUCACUUUCUCUCUUUCUGUGAGAGAAUAAAUUUGUUAAUGCACAGCCUACUUAACAGGAAUUUAUUUAAGAAUAUUCAUAUAAUGUCUCAUCCUUUCGUUAUUUUGGCACAUUUAGUACCAAACUUGCCAGACCUUAGGAACAACAUCAGUGGAGAGCCUAUCAGUAUAGAAGCUGUAACCAAUCAGCACAAAAGCCUGUUUGGACAGUCUGAACCAAGUAUUUAAUUGUCAUGUAUCAUCAGCACAUUGAAAACUGAGCAUGUGCCCAGGAAACCCUGAUGCUAUUCGUGAGGUUUCAUGAAUGGUACUAAGACUGCAGCUGGAAAGAUAACUUUAUGGUGUGGUCAUGAGAGUGUGCAGGCAUCUUUGACGUGUAUGUUACUUGGAUGUGUUAUUCAAACGUGGUUGUAAGUACAUUUCUACAUGGCUUUAUAUGCUCCAGUCAUGAUGGUAGGGUCAUUUUCAAACAGCCAGCUUAUAAUUUUAUGUCUCUUGAUAUCUUUUCCAGAAUAUUUAAGGGUUUUCUCCCAACAUUCCAAAGCUUACCCAAAACUUCAGCACCAUUGAAAGUUUCUUAAAACUGUUGGAAAUGUCUGGUAAAAGGUUAUCUCUACAACACCUGCAAAAAGGAAUGGCACUAAUAUGGUUAUAUAUUUCUUUUGUGUAAUGUAUAAAGCACCUGGCUUUGUUUGAAAUCAAUGUUGUAUAUUGCACCCUGAAUAAGAGAAAUAUAGUAGGCAACGGACAUGUUUGGUGUGCCAGCUUUAAAAUGAUCUGUAACUAAGGGUAGGGAGGGGAAAAUGAAGAUUAUUCAUCUUGGCUAGGGUAGAUGUGUGGAAGACAGCUGAAUGGCAAAAACAGCUUAUAUUUCAUGAGCUAUUUAGCUGUAUACCUGGCCCAUUGUGUUGCAUCUUUGUAAAAGUGUUUAAACAAAAGUUAAUAUUAGUGCACUAUGGCUAUACAACAGUCUUUUGCUAAUCAUGAAAACUGAGGGACAAAACCAGCUAGUUGAAAACUCAUGACAACAAAAAUUUCUGUAGGCUUGUAUUUUCCAGCUAAGACAGGUGUAUUAUAAAAACUAAAGUGAUUGGGCUAGACCUUAGUGGUGCUCUUUCAGUUGGGGAAUAAUCAGUGGAAUAUGGACUUGCAGGAAAUCUCCUUAUGCAUGCUUUCUACUCUAUAUUUGUGACUGAAAUGUGCUCUUACCUGUCAUGGCCUUUCUUCAAAGUGUGAUGUGGUUUAUGAUGGCUGCAAUGACAGUGCCUUUUGGAAUAGGCACCUAUACUUGUGACAUACAGCAAGCUCAAGUGAGUUUCAGAUUGAAGGUGUUUUGUCUAUUUAGAGAGAAUGAGAGCUCAGACUUGUACAGCAAUAUGAGGGACGCAAUUUGUCUUUGUACCUAAGAGAUGUACCUUCUCACCUGUUUGCUCAUAUGUCAUGCUAGCUUGCAUAGAACUCUAAGGAUGUUCAUGUUAGUUUACAGCAAGACAUUUAACUUCUACUGUAAGGUUAUAAUAAAGAAAAAUAUUUCCUUUGCCCAAGGCCCUCAUUUCAUAAGUUUAUUGAAUCAAAGAACCGUUAGAUGCAAGAAAUGAUAAGAAUUUCCACAUGAAUUUGGUUUAUACAUAUUUGACUGUUUUGUGUAUCAUAGUAAAGUACCAGAAAGUUUCUUUUAAUUGCGUCACAUACACAUUUCUUGUCCCAUUGUGCUACCUCCAGUGUUAUUGAAAGGGAAAAGCUUAAGCAAGUUUUAUAUGUAAGUAGUAUGGUAUAUGGCUUAACAUAUGUUGUCAUUAAGUGUGAAACCUAAAACCUAAAAUAAGGAGUACAUUUUUUUGUAAACACGAGUUUUGACAAAUAUUAGCAUUACUAAAUUACUUAAGUGGCACACAGAGGGAUUAAAAAUUCAUAAUAGUGAUGAACCACCUCAUCAAAAGUUGUGGAGCCAUGUGUUGUGGUUUUUUUUUUUUUUUUUGUCUGUGAGCUUAACAGAUGGUAAUUGAGACAACAGAUAAGCAUCUACAAGACAGUUUUAUUUUUAUUUGUUUUCAAGUCAUCCUAUUAAAAUGCGUGCACACAGUAUGAAGCAGCCAACAUUCCAUCAGGUACAGGGGAAAUGCCAUUUGGUCAGUUUGUGUGAAUACUGGAGGAAGUAUGUGUUAUUAUUGAACAAAGGUAUUUGUAUAUUACUUGGAUAUUAGAAAACUUUUUAUGUAUAAUUUUUAUCUUUUAUGUCGAAAACUCAAGAUCUGAUAAUUUACAUUUGUAAUUUUUGUUUACUUGUGCAAGUCACAUUUGACCCUAUCUUUUUUAAGCAUCACAUCUGAUAUGUUGCCAAGCCCCUGAAAAUGUUUCCAAUCUGAAUAUUUAUAUAGAUUAAAAAAUUUAUUUUGUGUUGGUUAAACACUUAGCACAUAAACUGUUUGUGCCAUGUGUAUUUGUUAACAAUUGAUAGACACACAAAAUUGAGUUUACACUAACAGUAUUAUUACCAUGGUUUACCAUAAAGAACUUGUAAUCAGAUAUUGUUAGCUGUUGUUAUAUGUUCAGUGUGAGAUAAGGACAGUUUUGGUCAUUUGGUCUUGCUGUGUAAGUGUUCAUGGCUGCUUUAAUGAGUUUUUUUAACAUGUGCUUUUGACGAUUUUCAUGCAUCAAUGAUCAAUUUGAGUUCACAUCCGCUUAUUAAAGACUACUAAAAAGC